AGGCACCAGCUCGGCGCUGCCGCCGCGCCUGCUGGGUAGUGCCGCUCAGCGCUCCCAGCCUGCCAAGCCCGGCCGGAGGCAAUGCUGCAGCCCGACAUCACCCCGGCAUGAGACUGACUUCAGCCCGCCAGCGCGGAAUCAUGAAGGCGGCCGGUUGUUUCGUUCUCAUCGUGCUAUGCUUAGCCGUCAGCUACCACGCGGUCGCUGCUCGGGAUGUUGCCAGGGCCAAAGAGAACUCGGAUGCGGGAUCGGGUACAUCGACGGCAGCCGUGACAACCGUGACGGUGACAACAACGGACAGCCCGGUCACUGAAACGGAGUCGGAGGCCGAGCCGGAGCCGGACCCCGAAUGGGAGAUCGUCUACUCGGUGUGGAUGGAGCAGCUGCAAAAGGACCUGUCGGACGUCUGGGAGACGGCCUGAUCAGAGAUUGAACGGAUGCCCAUCUGAUCAGAGAAUGAACGGACACCCGCCUGAUCAAAGUGCGCAGGGUCGCCCACCCGAUCAAGGGGCGCAGGGUGGCCCACGCGAUCAGAGGGCGCAGGAUGCCCACAUGAUCAGAGGGCACAGGGAUGCCUACCUUAUCAGAAGGCGGGUAUUCACACAGCCGUCCUGCAGUGCUGUUCAGCCAAAACGCUGCUGUCCAGCGUGCUACUCGUCCAGAGCGUCACAGGCGUGUCAUGUGUCAUAUAUGUAAUUAUUUCGCACAUUCUGAAAUCAUACGCUGUGUAACACGGGUGGACGACAUUUUUCACCACGCCCAGCUAGGAUGGACGCUCAGCAUUUAUGGUGUCACGUUACUAACAGGUGCAGGACGCGGAGGGUGCAACGCUGCGUUUUGAAGGCACAAAUCAAAAUAGGUAUAAGUGCAGUGGCAUUAUCAUCUGCAACUGGCAUUUGUUGAGCAUAAAUAUUGCAAGCGAUGCCCUGCGGUUGACAUGGAAAUAGCGUCUGUAGCCUCCUGCUGGAGAGACCGGUGCGUCUGCCUGUAUGGUGCAUCACCUUCUGACCGUCCGACGGAAUACAGUCUGUUGCUCA